AUGAAGAAAUUCUUGAACCAGUUCCCAGGAGGGGAAACGACGGAAAAUUGCAUCCCAAAGAUCCAAUACCUUCGUAACAAGCAGAUCGGCACGCUCCCUAGAUACAAUAUUGAGGCUAAGUUGGAUGGUUCUAGCAAGGAUCCUGCAUUGAUCCCUAAGCAGACUCAGCUUGUCCUGGAGUCAAUUGAUGCCCAGGGGCAACUGGCUAAGCAAUCCUGUCCUGAUGCUAGACUACCUCACGAUGGCGAUUGGGAGGCCGCACUGAAUGGAAGAGAGGUGACUGAGUUGGGCCGCCAACAAUUGCUGAGCUUACGCGCUACAAUAGAGGCUAUUGCUAGCAAAGCACAAGAUAACAACGUCCGAAUUGUUAUCGAUGCUGAGCAGUCUUGGUACCAGCCCGUCAUCGACAGUCUCACAGACGAGCUCAUGCAAAAGUACAACACCUUGGAUGGCCCCGCCACCUGCAUCGCCUCGUUGCAAGCCUACCUCCGCCGAUACGCCCAGCUCCUCGACCAGCAGGUCGCCCGUGCUGAAGAGCGUGGCUACAAACUGCUCUUCAACCAGAUCCAAGGCGCAUACAUUGUAACAGAUGCUGAGCGGUGGAAGACAGAUGGUAAACAAGGACACGGCCCCGUAUUGCCAACCAAGGAAGGGACCGAUGCAAGCUUUAACUAUGGUAUCGAGAAGACUGUGGCUACUAUUGCUCCACAGGUGCGAGAAACGGGUCAUUCUAAGCUCAGCGCCGUUUUCGCUACCCACAACUCCAUCAGCGUCGGUCUCGGACUGGACCUACUACAAAAGCAUGGAUUGGCUCGGCGAAACUAUGAGAACGGAAAGCUAGUGGUGUCCAAGGAAAUAGCCGGCAGUUUCGCGUUUGCCCAGUUGUACGGCAAGUUGCCAUUUCUGCGAAGCCGUGACGAUAACGCAUCUGACUAA